GUGUUGAAAAUGCCUAGAAAUUUGCCUUGCUUGAAAAAAUAAUUUUUUAUAAUUUUCGUGCCCAAUGCAAUAAUUUUUUACAACAACAACAACGCAAAAUGGAUCAAUUUAGUGCCCGAAAAAUUUAAAACGCAAAAAUAAUAAAAAAAAAACGCAUAAAGUGAAACAACGCAAAAAAAAAUCUAAUUUUUUCAUUAAUCAUUUGAUGGUUUUUCCCUUUUUUCGUUUGGCGACGAGAAAUCAACGAAAAUGCCGGUUCGUCGAGGACAUGUUGCGCCAAGAGCGACACUAAUUGAAACGAUAAUCAGGAAGUUUGAUACACACAAUCGGAGCUUUGUUGUAGCAAAUGCACAAUCAGAAUCAUGUCACAUCAUCUUUUGUUCAGACGGUUUCUGUAAAAUGACUGGUUUCACUCGUGCAGAAGUGAUGCAACGCUCUGCCGUCACAGAAUUUUUACAUGGCCAAAUGACGUCCAGUAGCGUAAUUAGUUCAAUUAGGGAAGCUUUAACUAGUGGUUUAGAGAAACAUUUUGAAGUUUUAUACUACAGAAAAAACGGCGCAAAAUUUUUAUGCUCGGAAAUAAUUGCACCAAUCCAAGCUGAUGACGUCUCACUUUUUAUCAUCAACUUUGAAGAUCUUUCAUUUCCUGAAACGCCAGAUGACUCGGAGCCAAAAUUAACGAGAUUCGGUAAAGCACGUGCCAGCUUCCGUCAAUCGUUUCGUUUCGGCAGCAUGAACAUCCGCGAUCGUGGAUUACGCUUAGCGGGCUAUCUCACGCCGCCAUCGGACAUCACGCAAGAAGAUGACGAUGGUACGCAUGCAGCGGCGCUCGCUGCGGGCGCAAUCGCAAUCGCGGGAGCUGGCGGCGGCGCAAGCAGUAGUCUCAACACCAUCGAAACGGGCGGCAUCGCAGGCAGCAUCAAAGGGACCAAUAACAAUCAACGAUGCGUUGCGGGUGGCGCGCUCAAAGUCGAUAAACCACCGUGGGCUCAGUUGUCGGCGCCCGCGCUCACAAGUACACCCGAAAACCUCGAAAAAGACUACAGUAACACGGCGAGCACGUAUGUCACGGACGAGAUUCGCUUGAAUGUGCCAACGGCACCGAUAAAGAAAAAAACACUACUAAAACAGCAAAGCCAGGAUCACACGAGAGAAGAAAGACAACAAACGCCCGAACAACGAGCCGCCAACCAGAAAAAGGCUGCCGAGACAUUUGCUCAAACGAAAAGUAUGGACUUUGAUGGGAAAAGUUCUUCCGCUCAUCAAGCACGCAAAUACUUCCCAAACGUAUCGUCCGAAAGCGAUUUGCAGCGAUACAAAACAAUUACGUUCCGCAAACAGCCAAGUAACGAGACACGCACGAGCUCGACAGUUUCGAACCAGCCAUCAGAUUCCAAUAAGACAAAAGACAAUGGAUCCGCCAAAUUUUUUCAAGGGACCCGACCAACUUCCAACAUGGGCGAAAAAGUUGCUCAGGUAUUAUCACUUGGUGCCGAUGUACUACCCGAAUACAAAUUACAAAGUCCGCGCAUUCAUAAAUGGACAAUUUUACAUUAUUCGCCUUUCAAAGCAGUCUGGGACUGGAUCAUAUUGAUAUUGGUCAUGUAUACAGCAAUAUUUACACCGUAUGUGGCUGCAUUUUUAUUAAAUGAACCAGAUUAUACUAAGAAAAGUAGAUCAAAAUAUGCAGAUGAUCCAAUUGUGAUAAUCGAUUUAAUAGUGGACGUUACAUUUGUGAUAGAUAUUUUAAUAAAUUUUCGUACAACAUUUGUAAAUGGCCAGGACGAAGUAGUUUCUCAUCCUGGGCGAAUAGCUGUACAUUAUUUAAGUGGAUGGUUUUUAAUAGAUUUAGUUGCGGCAAUACCGUUCGAUUUAUUAUUAGUGGGAAGUAAUACAGACGAGCUCAACUUGGACAAAGAUGAGACAACAACCCUCAUUGGAUUGCUUAAAACAGCACGCCUUCUUCGUUUGGUGCGAGUCGCCCGUAAAAUUGACCGCUAUUCCGAAUACGGUGCCGCUGUUUUAGUUCUAUUAAUGGCUACGUUUGCCCUAAUAGCGCAUUGGCUAGCGUGUAUCUGGUAUGCGAUUGGUAAUGCGGAGCACUUAAUUUUAAAGAAUAAAGUGGGGUGGCUAGACCAUUUGGCUGCCGAAAUGGAAGAACCAUAUACCUUCGUGAACAAUACCGUGCUAAAUGGACCGUCGAUAAAGUCACGCUACGUAACAGCUCUUUAUUUUACAUUCACGUCGUUGACUUCGGUGGGCUUUGGCAAUGUGGCGCCAACGACGGAUGCUGAAAAGAUUUUUACGAUUUGUGUCAUGUUGGUGGGAUCUCUCAUGUACGCCAGUAUCUUCGGUAAUGUAUCGGCGAUCAUUCAACGACUGUAUUCCGGUACGACGCGAUAUCACACGCAAAUGCUCCGUGUGAGGGAAUUCAUUAGAUUUCAUCAAAUUCCGAAUCCGCUGCGGCAACGUCUCGAGGAAUAUUUCCAGCAUGCCUGGACCUACACGAACGGCAUCGACAUGAAUUCAGUAUUAAAGGGAUUUCCAGAGUGCUUGCAGGCGGACAUCUGUUUACAUCUUAACCGUAAUUUAUUGUCUAAUUGUGCUGCAUUCGAUGGUGCGAGUCCGGGUUGUCUGAGGGCACUGUCGUUAAAAUUUAAGACAACUCAUGCACCACCUGGCGACACGCUCGUGCACAAGGGCGACGUAUUAACACAUCUUUAUUUUAUCGCACGUGGCUCCAUUGAAAUUGUUCGUGAUGAUGUUGUGAUGGCAAUUUUAGGCAAAGAUGACAUUUUUGGCGAAAAUCCAUGCGUCCAUUCGACGCUCGGCAAAUCAAAUAGCAAUGUGCGAGCGUUAACCUAUUGUGAUCUACAUAAAAUACAUCGAGACGACUUGCUAGACGUACUUGAUUUAUUUCCAGAGUUUUAUGAAAGUUUUGUUAAUGGGCUUGAAAUCACCUACAAUAUGCGUGAUGAGGAGCAAGCUGGCGUAGAAUUAAGACAUAGAUAUAUGCGAAGUUACUCAAAGGAGAAAGACAUCGAUAGUGAUACGAGGUCAUUUGAUCGUAAAAUUUGCAGCUUAAAUCGAUCGAAACCGCCACCAACGAAAUGUGAUAAUGCGCUGCCGAACGACAAAUGUUCCAUCGGGCAAAUUAGUGAGACGCUAGACUUUGGUGACGAUCGAAAAUUCUCGAUAUCAGGAAUGAUAUCACACGUUAAACGCAGUAUACCAGAUUUACGAUCAUUCAAACAUCAACCACUUGAAAAUCAAUGUGAUAGUCCCAAAAGUACCCACAAACAUUCGCCGAGCGAACCGAAUUUCCAAGCGCCUCCGCCGCCGCCGCUUUCGUCAUCGUUGCUGCCACAAAAGGAAACCAUUACGUUAAGUGCCGACGGGAAAAAGUCCUGCAAGUGCGCGGGAACGUCACAAGGAGCGGCAGCGACAGCAACGAGUAUUCUCACGGGCGUGAGUAGUACGGGAGCAAAGUCGAAGCUGCAUGCGAAGGGAGAUGAGGGAGCAACGGGAGGCGAUACUGUUACGUGUCGACAUUGUUCUGGUGCCGUAGAUAUUAGUUCAUUCACAACGCAGUUAAGUCACUUGACCAAUCGAUUAGAUCACCUAGAGCACAAUCUGCGGAAAGAUAUGCGCACGAUCCUGGAUAUUCUGCAUCAGCAGCAGCAACAACAGUUGCUCCAUUUCCAGCCGGGCACAAAAGUGACGCCGCUCCAGCCCGUCAGCAGUAGUAGUGUGACGACGCAACAAACGCAGCAACAACAAACGCUCCAGCCCCCAGUCAAAUCAUCAUAUCAACCGUCCGACAGUGAAAUGUCCUUCGAGAUGGCAGCUGCAGCAGGAACGAGCCGAAACGUGCAUCGAUCCGCAUCGCAACCCGAAACGGCAAACGAGAAGGGCUUGCUGCGUGCCAGCAAAUUCACCUCGUUCAACCAAACGCUCGACGAUAGCGCCGCCGCUGCUUCGGGUGCUGCUGCUUCUGCUGCCGCCGCCGCCACGGAAAGCUGGAACAUUUGCGCCCCAAUUGCAAAACUCGAGUCUUUGGAUGAAAUCGACCAAGUAUGAUUAUUAUUAGUAGCCUUAGUAUUAUUUACGGAAAAAACUGUUCAUCGACUGUCUAGUGUGUUCAAAUAUUUUGCUUAAAAGAAAUAUUAGAGUUAAGAUGAAAGCCGCCAGAAACGCGUAAAAACUAGGAGACAGACAAAAAACGCACGAAAAAUACAAUAAUUUUAACGUUUAUCUUUAAAGACAAUUUUUUCUGAUUUUUUAAAUUUUCAAUCCGUAUGAAAAACCUUGUUUCAGGACAGAAAGCAUUCCAAAAGAGUCCAAAAUUGUUAACGUAGUUCGAUUAGUAGUGUUGAGAAGGAGUGAAGAACGUUUUAAUUUUAUUUUUAAAUUUAUUUGUGUGUUAAUUAUUAAUUAAUUAAAUAAUUAUUAUUAAAAAAUAAAUUAGAAAAAUCACUGCAGUUGCUAUAAAAUAGCG